CAGAAAUGUCAAAACGCCGAUUACAUAUGACUGAAUUUCGCUGAAACCAAAAUACGCGCGUAAGACCCUCGAAAUACUCGGUUUAUACUCACGGUCAAUGGAUUCCCACGAAAAUAACGCCACGACAGACUCGACGGCAGAUCGGAGUUUCAGAAUAAAAGCUGGCGUCUUCCUUACAUCAGUGGGUGCCGUUUCGGCGUUAGUCGGUUUCUCAAAAACACUUGCCACCGCGAAGCGGCAAGACGAGAAGUUCCUGCAAGAGGCUGCCAUGAGUCGUGCACAUUUACUGGAUGAUGCGUCGCGGCUGGCGAUGCGUGCCCUGGGCUGGGGAACGCUCUACGCAAUCCUGGGCACUGGAGCGUUUUGUUACGGCGUCUGGAAACUCUCCGGCGCGCAAAAUUUCCAGGAGUUCAGGCAGAAAGCGGGGUCCGUGCUACCGAAGCUGUCCUCGAACGAUCCGCCGCAGAGUCGGACAGACUUCGACGGCCUCACCGACCUGCUCAAGUACACUUCGACAUGGGGGAAAGAAUAACCUCCGGGGAUUGUCCCGAGUGCAAAGUCUCUGUUUGUCUAGUCUUUAGUGUAUAUUUAAGUGUAAAUUGUUAAGUUGGUUUUUACAAUAAAGGAUGUGCGCGCUACGUGGGCCCGGAACAGUU